AUCUGAUGCAUUUGACUAUCUUUUAUCCAACUGCCUAGAAGCAAAUGUGUUAACUCGCCGUUGUCUCUUCAUGCCUGGGUUCUCGGAGAGAACAGAGGACGUCCAGACCCAUUUCCGCUGGAUUGGGAGCAGCUGCAUGGUUGUGGACCCCGAUCUGUGGAUCCUUUUGCCCAGAGAUUUGGAAGGAGCCUGGAUUAACCUGUUUCCAGGUACAUCGCAAGGUCACCACAGGGUCUUACAGCCCUCAUGCUUUGGUUCACAUAGACCUUUUUGUCUUGACCAGAAGGAUAUUUACAUUUCCCUCCACAGCAUUUGAAGCCCAAAGUUCAGUCUUUUGAGCUGGUUUGCUGUACAAACAAGGUAAUGAGGACUGCUUUUCAAACUGCUUAGCAAAAUCCCUGACUCCUCCUCAGCCCUUUCCCGGCUCACUCCUCCCCAACAAAAUGUCACCAGCUCUUGAAUUACGUGGAUUUGGGUUGGAGGAUAACUUGAAGGAAACGUGAUCAAACCUCUAUGCCCGGCCGGUGUCGAUGCAGCAAGCGGUCCAGCGGACAUCGAAGCCGAUCUCGAGCCGGACCAGUCAGUCCCCUCCCAGCCUCUCCUUCCUGGUGCGGCUCUGGGACUGUGUGUUUGUGUGUGCAAGUGUGAGUGCGAGUGCGCGCGCGCCCGGCUGUGAGUGAGUGUGAGAGAGUGUGCGUGUGUGUGUGUGUGUGUGUGUGCGCGCGUGUGUGCGUGCGCGGCCGCCCUGCCUCUGCCCGCUCCCCGGGCGCGGAUCCGCGGGUUUCAAGGGGCGAUCGCCGCGGAUCCCCCACCCAGCGCGACCUACAGGCAGCGGCGGCAGUGGUAGGAGCCGCCUCUCUGACUCCUUAGGAUGCGGGUGCUGAGCUAUGGCAAAGGGCAGCGAAGUGACGAGCGAGACCCGCGUAUGACUGUGAAAGCCACCUGGAGCCACCUUGCCGGGAUUGUACCUGCGGGCAGAAAGUCCUCCUACGACCGUCUUUACCCCUAGAGGCACCAGAGUUCCUGUAACCGUUCGGCCAGGUGGUGAGAAGUUAUGUAGUAGCUGAACAUCCUUAUUCCUAACACCAUCUUCAAAUCAGCUUUGGAAAUGCUUUCACCCUGUCUGUCUUCUGCAGCAGCCAAGCCGAGUGCUGACGCCUUCACAGCAGUGAAGAACUCUUCAGGCUCCAGAAGCUCUUAAACCUAAUCUACAAUGGAAAAAUUUCUUUUUUAUCUGUUUUUCAUUGGCAUAGCAGUGAAAGCUCAGAUCUGUCCAAAGCGUUGUGUUUGUCAGAUUUUGUCUCCUAAUCUUGCAACCCUUUGUGCCAAGAAAGGGCUUCUGUUUGUUCCACCAAACAUUGACAGAAGAACUGUGGAACUGCGAUUGGCAGACAAUUUUGUUACAAAUAUUAAAAGAAAAGAUUUUGCCAAUAUGACCAGCUUGGUGGACCUGACUCUGUCCAGGAAUACAAUAAGUUUUAUUACACCUCAUGCUUUUGCUGACUUGAGAAAUUUGAGAGCAUUGCAUUUAAAUAGCAACAGAUUGACUAAAAUUACAAAUGAUAUGUUCAGUGGGCUUUCCAAUCUCCAUCACUUGAUAUUGAACAACAAUCAGCUGACUUUAAUUUCUUCUACAGCAUUUGAUGAUGUCUUUGCCCUUGAAGAACUGGAUCUGUCCUAUAAUAAUCUAGAAACAAUUCCUUGGGAUGCUGUUGAGAAGAUGAUUAGCUUGCAUACUCUUAGUUUGGAUCACAAUAUGAUUGACAAUAUUCCCAAGGGGACUUUCUCCCACUUGCACAAGAUGACUCGGCUAGAUGUAACAUCAAAUAAAUUGCAGAAGCUGCCACCUGACCCUCUCUUUCAGAGAGCUCAGGUACUAGCAACCUCAGGAAUCAUAAGCCCAUCUACUUUUGCAUUAAGCUUUGGUGGAAACCCUUUGCAUUGCAAUUGUGAAUUGUUGUGGUUGAGACGCCUGUCCAGAGAAGAUGACCUAGAGACUUGUGCCUCUCCUGCACUUUUAACUGGUCGCUAUUUUUGGUCAAUUCCUGAAGAAGAGUUUUUGUGUGAGCCUCCUCUCAUUACUCGCCAUACGCAUGAGAUGCGAGUCCUGGAAGGUCAGAGGGCUACACUGAGGUGCAAAGCCAGAGGGGAUCCUGAACCUGCAAUUCACUGGAUUUCUCCAGAAGGGAAGCUCAUUUCAAAUGCAACUAGAUCGCUGGUGUAUGAUAACGGAACACUUGACAUUCUUAUAACAACUGUGAAGGACACAGGUGCUUUUACCUGCAUUGCUUCCAAUCCUGCUGGGGAAGCAACACAAACAAUGGAUCUACACAUAAUUAAACUUCCUCACUUACUAAACAGUACAAAUCAUAUCCAUGAGCCAGAUCCGGGUUCUUCAGAUAUCUCAACUUCUACUAAGUCAGGUUCUAAUGCAAGCAGCAGUAAUGGUGAUACAAAGAUGAGUCAAGAUAAAAUUGUGGUGGCAGAAGCAACAUCAUCUACAGCACUACUUAAAUUUAAUUUUCAAAGAAAUAUCCCUGGAAUACGUAUGUUUCAGAUCCAGUACAAUGGUACUUAUGAUGACACCCUUGUUUACAGAAUGAUACCUCCUACGAGCAAAACUUUUCUUGUCAAUAACCUGGCUGCUGGAACUAUGUAUGACUUGUGUGUCUUGGCAAUAUAUGAUGAUGGCAUCACUUCCCUGACUGCCACAAGAGUCGUGGGUUGCAUCCAGUUUACUACAGAACAGGAUUAUGUGCGUUGCCAUUUCAUGCAGUCCCAGUUUUUGGGAGGCACCAUGAUUAUUAUUAUUGGUGGAAUUAUUGUAGCGUCUGUGCUGGUUUUCAUCAUCAUCCUUAUGAUCCGGUAUAAGGUUUGUAACAAUAAUGGACAACACAAGGUCACCAAGGUCAGCAAUGUUUAUUCUCAGACUAAUGGGGCCCAAAUGCAAGGCUGCAGUGUGACGCUGCCCCAGUCCAUGUCCAAACAAGCUAUGGGACAUGAAGAAAAUGCUCAAUGUUGUAAAGUUGCCAAUGACAAUGUUAUCCAGCCUUCAGAAACUUGUUCAAGUCAGGACUCCUCUACCACUACCUCUGCUCUGCCUCCUACCUGGACUUCAAGUACUUCUGGUUUCCAAAAGCAGAAACGAAAGACUGGCACAAAGCCAAGUACCGAACCGCAGAAUGAGGUUGUCACAAAUAUUGAGGCCCAGAACACUAACAGGAACAACUCGACUGCAUUGCAGUUAGCUAGUCGACCUCCUGAUUCUGUCACAGAGGGACCUGCAUCUAAAAGAGCACAUUCAAAGCCAAAUGCUUUGCUCACUAAUGUUGACCAGAUUGCCCAGGAAACACAGCGGCUGGAGUUAAUCUGAAGAGCACCACUUCUUCUCUGUCUACUGAAAAAAGUUGCCACUGAUAUUUUUACUGGAUAAAACAAACAAACAAACAAAAUGUUUCAUUUCACAAGACUAGCUGUUGAACUCGUGUCCUAGACAAAAUUUUCCACAGGAGUCCAGGAGAAUUCUCUGGUAUUGGCAGAACUGGCUCUAUCAGACCAUAUGGUUCAUUCCCCUUUAAAACCAAAUUUUUUUUGGCCUCCAAAUAUGUUUUUUUAAAAGGAAGGAAGGAAACAUUGGCAUCAGGUUCUGUAUCAAUCCAUGUUACAUUGCCAUCCCUGAUUUAACAGACUGUAGAAUCUUGAAUAAUCUAUAUCACUUUAACAAAUAAAUGUUUUACUAUGACAAA